AUGGCUAAUGUAUGGUAUGAAUAUUUUGAUGAAACUAUAUUGAAACAUGGUAUUUCUGACAAAACUGAGAAUGCAUUUAUAAAGGAGAGCCUACGACUUAUCUAUUACAGGUCAACUGACGUGCUUGUCAAAAUUCCAUGCAAUCCACUUUCAAUCGAAAUUCUGAAGGUUGGAUCAAUUGCUACCUUUUGGCACGAUUUUCCUAAUAUUUGUGAAGAAAUGUCUCUUGCCUCAAUUAUGCGCAAAAAUAUACCAAGAGAGGAGUCAGAAAAGAAGAAAUUAGGUCACAAAAUUGAUAUUAUUUUUCGUAUAGAUGAUAUAGU